CAACCACGUACAAUAAUCUCCACCUUUGCCACCCACAACUCAGCCUCUCUCUCACACCUAGUCACAAUGGCCUGCGCAUGCACCGAAGCUCCUAACAGCGCUGGCAACAGCUGCAACUGUGCCACUCAAUGCACUUGCGGCUCGACCUGCACUUGCGCUUCGUGCCCCAACAGCACCUCUGAGCCCCAGUCCGUCGACUCUGCUGGCCACACUAAGUGCAACUGCGGGGGUGAUGUCACCAAGUGCAAGUGCGAGGAGGGCAAGUGCGCUUGUGGGAAGGGAUGCGCGAAGAGCAUUGUCUGAGGGAAAGCAAGAAAGAGAUGUCGGAGCGUCGGAGGGGACAAAGUCACGAUGAGCAUACAAGGAGGAUGGGUGCAGCGCGUGACGGCGCUGUUGUCAGUAGGGAGAAGCGACUCAUAUCAAGGCCAGAAUGGGUUCCCUGUCGGACCGAUGGCAGCGGAACAACGAUUCUUCAUGUGCAGACUCAGAUCUGCCAAUAAUUAACAUCAGCUUCCCACUUGCUUACCUGUUCCUGGCAUGCUGCCCUGCUUGACCCGGCCGAUUCAUGGACAAGUACGACGUGGCAAUCACGUCCUCCCUGGGCGUCGAUAGAAGUACAAGUGGUAUUGCCUCGACACCCCGUGCCCUCAGUCCG